AGACAGUCCAGAAGCCAAGUCUCCUCUCAGCUGCAGGUGGUCUGCGUCCAGAGCACGCUGCAGUGAGGCUGCAGCAGACCCCACCCCCACUGGUCAAUGCCUGCACAGCUCAGCCGGCGCCCCCACGGCAGGCAGAGGGGAGCCCCCCCGCAGAGACCCUGCAGGCAUGCAGGGGGGGUCCCAAGGGGCGGGCACCGGGACAUCACCCGGGCCCAGCACUGCCUGGGGUGGGCCCGGGGCCGUGGGUCAGCCCACCCGCCCACUACGCGGCUCCGCGUGGGCGGGAAGCGGGGCCAGGGCCGCCCUCCGGGAGCCGGCGCCAUGGGCCGACGGCACAAGACACAGGGACGCAUGGGGACAGCAGGUCCCCGAGGUGGCCAGGACCAGACAGAGCAAAGCAGGAUGCCGGGCAGCCCCAGACACCGCAGACACCAGCGAGGGCGGCCGCGGCCUCGAAGCUCUGGUUUCCCGCUGGCCCACAAGCCACGUGUGAAGCCCGAGGGGCCAGCCACUGAGCGUGAGCUGGUGGGCAGUGACCUGGCGAGCCCGAGCGCGGCCGGCUGGCUGCCUGCGGCGAGAGGGCCCCUCGUCAGUGGAAGCUCCCCCACGGCAGCUGCCAGCCGGCCCCCAGCUGCCCACCAGGGCCCGGCCGGGGUCCCCAGGACAGGCGAGGCCCAGGCCGGGGUGGCGGCAGGUGCAGGUGCCGCCGGGCGGGCGGGCCGGGGCCCUCAGGACUCGGGUCUGGGCUGGUCCCCACCACCGCAGCCCUGCGGGAGAAGCCACUCGGCACAGGCCGGGCAGCGCCCCUGGGUCCGAGGGCGGGCAGCUGGCCAGCACCUGCCCAGGCCGCCAGCCCACAAGCAAAGCAUCGCAAGGUGGGGUGGCCGCAGGCGGCCAGCUCUGCGCCCCGAGGUCCUCCCACAGCCCCGGCCGGCCACCCCUCUGGCCAGCACAGCAGGGCCAGGCCGGGCCAGCAGGGGUCCAGACACCUGUGGAGUCAGAGGCUGGCUGGGCUGCGGCACCCCGUCGCCCAACGGGAACCGCCAUGAGAGCCCACGGCUGCCCCAGGAGGCGCCCACCGCGCAGGCCCCCUGCCCUGCUGCCCCUGGCCAGAGGACCCCGCACCGUGCUGUUGCCCGCAGCCGGAGCGUGAAGAGCCCCUGGACACAGAGACGGGGCAUCCUCUGGCUCAGGCGGUACCUGCUUGGGGUGCCCAGCUGA